AUGAUCCGCUUGUCGGAGGCGCAUGCACGAAUGCGUCUGUCGACGGUCGUGACGGCUGACGAUGUCGACGAGGCCAAUCGGCUGAUCCGAGAGGCGGCCAAGUCGAGUGCAACAGAUCCUACGACCGGCUUAAUUGAUCUUGACCUGCUGACGACAGGACGCUCCUUGCAUCAAAGGCGCCUUGCUGGCGACAUGAAGAAUGAGUUGCUGAGCAUGAUACAGAAACUAGCGCACGAGAAGAUGGGUCAUGGCGGCAGUGGAUCGACGUCGCGGCCUGUCCGGGUGACAGAACUAGUACGAGCGUUCCGUGAGCAAAGCUCUGUUACAAUCGAUACGAACGAGCUGCAUGAUGCCAUUCGCUCUUUGGAGGCAGAAGGCACCCUCCAACUUGCUGGUGAGCGAGACCGACGUACGGUACGUCUUUUGUAG